AUGAAAGUAGACUAUUGGACUACUGUAAGCCAGAGAGGAAAGUAUUCAGACGCAGACUCAUCUGCUGAGAUCCGAUCUGCGAAAAGAAGUGUUCAGAGCGGUGUUCCACCACUACGCGAGCAUGUUAAAGGAGCAGUCGCGAUAGAGCACUUGUUAGCCCUGUUGCUCAAAACUGCCGUUUGUCCCGCAAAUGUUCAGCUCGGACAAACGACACUACAAUUUCCGGAACAAAUUUCCGAAACAAACUUCCCGAGCGUGCUGCCAGCUCCCAAGCUACAGUGGCCAACCACACUCCCACUCUCACGCUACUCGUCACAGAUCCCGCAAUUAUUCUUCUUGACGUCCAGUGAUGAGCACUAUCUACGAAAUCCGUUUUUUCUCCCCCGUUCGUCAUCCUUUACUCCAGCUGCUACAUUGUCUCAAAUCGUCGCAUACCACUCUCAAUCACUGCGUCCUCUUCAGCCUGCCAGCUUUUCUAUCACGCCCAACAAACAUCGAUAUUUUCCAGUUUUCGAAUCUUCUACCUCGUCAGAACCAAUUUUUUUCCCAAUACAGCGAGAGUGA